CCGCUAGUAGUGCGUACUUAGCACACUCGCGCUUCGCGGUCGUCCUGAAAACACGCGUGUUUUAUCGUUAAAAGCGGGGAGGGCAGUCGAACCGCAUCCGAUACAAAAACUCGACACACGCUGUAAUAGUCUGUUUACUCGUCAGAUUGCAGACAGGCUGUAUAUUAGCCGCGUUAGUCGCUCGGUUUCGCUUCCCCUCAGGCGAAUGACUUCGCCGAGACUUUAAAUAAAGUUUGUAAACAGAAGCCGCCGGGGCUCGCUGGCUCAUGGCUGGGGUCGGCGGUAAGAGCGCCGCGCCGUUCUCCGCGAUCAAGCGCUCGCUGUCGCUGCGCUCGGUGCUCUCCGGCGGUCGGCGCGGCGCGCAGGAAGGGCGCCUGGUGACCCGCUCUCCUCAGCCGCUCCGGACUCACCGACACCCCGCCUAUGUGUGCUCCUCCUGCCAGGACUCCAUGAGCGAAACCCUGCGGACCUGCUACGCGUAUCUGAACCAGACCAGCCGGAGCUUCGCGGCGGUCAUCCAGGCCCUGGACGGAGAGCUGCGGCACGCGGUGUGUAUCUUCUACUUGGUCCUGCGAGCUCUGGACACGGUGGAGGACGACAUGAGCAUCCCGCCGGAGAAGAAGGUGCCGCUGCUGCAGGACUUCCACACGUUCCUCUACGAGCCGGAGUGGAGCUUCAGCGAGAGCCGAGAGAAGGACCGGCAGGUUCUGGAGGACUUCCCCACGAUUUCAGCGGAGUUCAGGAACCUGGGCCGCGAGUAUCGCGAGGUGAUCUCGGACAUCUGCCGCCGGAUGGGUGCGGGAAUGGCCGAAUUCCUGGAGAAGAAGGUCUCCUCCAUGAAGGAGUGGGACAAGUACUGUCACUACGUGGCCGGUCUGGUGGGCGUCGGCCUGUCCCGUCUGUUCUCGGCGUCCCAGCUGGAGGACCCCGAGGUGGGCCGGGACUCGGAGCUGGCCAACUCCAUGGGUCUGUUCCUCCAGAAGACCAACAUCAUCAGGGACUACCUGGAGGACCAGCGGGAGGGAAGGGCCUUCUGGCCCAAAGAGGCUUGGAGUCAGUUUGCGUCUCGUCUGGAGGAUCUGGCUCAUCCUCAGCACCUGACCUCUGCCCUGUCCUGCCUCAACCUGCUGGUGACCGAUGCUCUCCAUCACGUCCCGGACGUCAUCGCCUACCUGUCCCGACUCCGCAACCAGAGCGUCUUCAACUUCUGUGCCAUUCCUCAGGUGAUGGCGAUAGCGACUCUGUCGGCGUGCUACAACAACCCUCAGGUGUUUCAGGGCGUGGUGAAGAUCAGGAAGGGUCAGGCCGUGACGCUCAUGAUGCAGGCCACCAACAUGGCCGCCGUGCAGAGCAUCAUCGCCCAGUACAGUCAGGAGAUCCUGCAGAAAGUGUCCGGCUCGGACCCCUCCCGGGAGAAGACGCUGCACGUCCUGAGCCUGAUCCGCGAGAAGAGCCUGUCUCCGGCGGCGCUGUCGUCCCGGGCGCACCACAUCUCUCCCGUCUACGUCUCGGCGGCGAUGCUGCUAGCGGCACUGAGCUGGCAGUACCUGAACGCCACGGCCGGGCAGCCUCCGGGGGGCGCCGACAUGCAGGGACACUGAGAGCACCGCAGAGAGAGAGAGAGAGCUCUGUUCCACCGCAGGUUCUUCAGGUCAUUUUCACCCCAAAAUCAAACGAGAGAACAAUAAGAAAUGUGUGUGUAUAUAUAUAUAUAUAUAUAUAUAUAUAUAUAUAUAUAUAUAUAUAUAUAUAUAUUAGUGCUGUUGAACGAUUAUUCACGAUUAGCCGCAUACAAAAAUAAAAGUUUGCGUUUGUUUGCAUA